GGGUGAUGCCAUUAGCACUAAUUUUAAGCGUCUGGUUCAGACGUUACAAAGGUACAUGAAUCAAUGAGCCCAUAAUUAUAGUGAACUUACUCAAAAUCGACAAUCAGUAAUUAAGCAUGAAGCCCAGAAGCCUGCAAGUUAUUCUGGUAUUUAUGACACAUGAAAGAAAAGAACUCCUAUGACGAACAGCAUCGCCACCAUCAAGAUGAAGUGCCUCAUUCUGGUGUGGGGUCUCCCAUGUUGGGGAACUCCGGAGCGCGCGAUGCGAUUGUAUCAAUUGCAACAGUUACGACACCAGGUCGCUACUAACACCAUAGACCCUGGACUUCGGGAACUGUUGCAGGAAGCCAGCAACAACAACGCAAGAACACCUCGCAAAAGCGCACAAGACCAACAACCCCUUGCACGCGAUACGAAAGAACGCAAUGCAGCUGUAGUAUGGCUUAUCACUGAUUGAAAAUGUCGAGGCAGCAGAGGGCAACAGUCGUUCUUGAAGAUUGAAGGGCUUAAAGGUAAGGCCUGCAAGAGCAUGGGGGACCUCCUAUCAUGAAGAGUCGAUACUGAUACCUCCAGACAUGUUGUCCUAUAAGCGUUCGUCUUUCUUCAUGUGCAUCUGAACAAAAAUGUACCUCCACCGACAUUUUCAAUCAGUUGAAGCAUUCAUUUCCACACAAUUUCCACACAGUCACAACCGCGUUUAGUGGUUUUGGCAAGCCUUUUUCCUUUCCACGGGAAUUCCAUUUCACGACCAAGUUUGCGACCGAACAAGUGAAGAACUUCUGCGCCGUGAAUCUGGUCAAAGGCUAAGGAUGCAUAUUUGAUACAUGAUAGAUCCAUUUGUGGGUGGAGGUUGAGUAAUGUGUAUAAAGUAUAAGGUUCUCUGAAGACGUAAUUUAUUAGGGUUUCAGGCGUACUGGAGUUCCACGAAGAUGCUUUUUCACUUCGAAAAUUGUCAAUCAGUAAAGGUUGACGUGACGAUGUUUGCAAAGCGGAUACAGUACUUUUUGUAGCUUUGAAAACAGUCUGCAUGAUUACUGGAGUGCCUUUCGCUGCCACAGGACUGAAUUGACGGGCAAAGCUUUAAAAAGUCGAUGGUGUUAUGGCAUAUGUGCGGUAAUAUACCACUUAGGUUCAUCUAGUGUCUAAAAGGUGUGAGUGUAGUGGUGUGCAUGCAAUUCGCGAUCAUUGGCAUUCUCUCUUCAUGAAAACCACUGUCACUAUUCUGCUUUCCCGCAACCUCCACUUUCUGUCCGCGAGAAUCAUUGCCAUCCCCCUCCUCCUCCUCCUCCUUUUCCUCCUCCUCCUCCUCCUCCUCCUCCUUUUCCUCCUGAUCUAAUUCAAGUGUCUGAUCUAAUGGCGCGAUUUUGGUGCUCCUCCGUCCGGAUGGCCGCGUCCACUUGCUGCUAUAUCGAUGGGGCGCAGAGGAUUUCGAGCUCCUCCUGGAAAAUGCUGCCGAUAAAACAGAAAGCCAUGAUUUUGCUUUAUGAAGAACCUCCUUCCUUCCUUCCUUCUUGCUCGGUUGCUUUCUCGUCGCAUUCUUUCUUUCAUUCUCGGAAACGCGCCACUACCCUUCUAAUCAGAAACGAGGCGGCGACUAUCGACUGCAGCAGCUUUCUUAAGGCUACUGGAAAAGCGCCCUUGUCAUCCUCCGUUCGUUCCCUGGUUUUUUUUUCUAUGUGAAAGCAGAGGAAAGCCAAGAACUGCCGGUGCCGUCUUGUCUCACCAGGAGUAGGGCAGGAUAACUUGCCGAAGCCCGACGCUGAUGGCCAAAAGUUUUGCCAAGGAAUGCAAGCGUUCUACCUCUAACCUUCGCGACCGUGGUGCAACUUUCUACACUGCAGAGGUAUCAGGUUUGA